GACUGGCCGGAGCCCGAGAAGUGGCAGCGCCGGGAGCCCCACGCGCCGAGGAGAGCGGACCGGACGGGACGGGAGUAGGAGGAGGCGCUGGCGCCACAGUAGCCCCGAACCGGGAGUCGGGGAGCCGCGGCCUCCCGGACCCUGCUGCCCAGGCCAGCUCGGGGAGAGCGGGGAGUGCGAAAACCCCACCCUCGGGGGCACCCCAGGAGCGGAGGCGGGAGCGGGGACGGGUGCAAUCUCUCUCCCGCUUGGAGAGAAGACCCCGAUCACUCGGGCGAGGGAAAGAAGAGACCCCUUCUGGGGGGGACGAUCGCGCCUUCCCGGAGGCGAGGAAAAUCCCCAUCCUGGCCCGGGAAUAGACCUCCCGAAGUAGAAAGGGGGGAUCCUUACGAAAGGAAACGAGAGUGGGAGCGCCCCAGCGUGCCUCCACCCCUCCAGGCACACACUCAGAGCAGUUCAGGACUUUUGAGGAAAAGCGAGAGGGACUCAGCCUAUGGAGUAGGCACCUCCAUCCUACCCAGUACUCACAGGCUAGUACUGGAGCAGAGGACACUCCCGGGAAAGAAGAGGGAUCGGCUUUCAGCCUUUCAGGGGCGGGGAAGAAGCCCCCCUCAACUUCCUUGCACCUAGACAGUGGAACAGGGUAGAGCCCCUCCGCUCAGAUCCUCAGCAGACAGAAAGAGCCCUCCACUCGCGAAAGAUCCAGUUUGGGGGGGAGGGGGACUCCCCCAAGGGGGAGGAGACAACUCCUGGUUGGGAGAGGCUCCUCCCCUCCUCCCCAGGGUUACAGGCCGGGGGUGGGGGGUGUGCCACCUUCCUCAGGUAGGCCCGCCUUCUCCUCCUCCCCCCCCUCCUCCCUCCGCUCCUCAUCCUCGGGGGACUCAGUUCCCCUCCACUGCUUGGGGGGCUCAGCCAAGAACCGGGAGAGCCACUGAGGAUGAGACUCUCCAUCUGCCUUUGAAGAGGGGCACCCCUCCAACCCCAAACUCCUGCACCAGGUGGUUCCCUCCCUGUGCUGGGGGAACCUUGGACUCAGAGCCCAGAAGUACCAUGGCUUCUGACCUAGAGAGCAGCCUCACCUCCAUAGACUGGCUCCCCCAGUUGACCCUUCGGGCGACCAUUGAGAAACUUGGGAGUGCCUCCCAGGCUGGCCCUCCAGGGGGCAGCCGCAAGUGUCCACCAGGCUCACCCACAGAUCCUAAUGCCACUCUGAGCAAAGAUGAAGCAGCCGUCCAUCAGGACGGCAAGCCGCGAUACAGCUAUGCCACCCUCAUCACCUAUGCCAUCAACUCCUCUCCAGCCAAGAAGAUGACUCUCAGUGAGAUUUACCGCUGGAUCUGUGACAACUUCCCCUACUACAAGAAUGCCGGCAUUGGAUGGAAGAAUUCAAUUCGGCACAACCUUUCGCUCAACAAGUGUUUCCGGAAGGUACCCAGACCUCGGGAUGACCCCGGGAAGGGUUCCUAUUGGACAAUCGACACCUGCCCUGACAUUUCCCGAAAGAGAAGACACCCUCCAGACGAUGAUUUAUCCCAAGACUCACCAGAACAGGAGGCAAGCAAAAGCCCCCGGGGAGGUGUUCCAGGGAGUGGAGAAGCCUCACUGCCUCCAGAGGGGAAUCCUCAGAUGUCACUUCAGAACCCCACAUCCAUCACCAGCUACAGCCAGAGCACGGGAUCUGUGGAUGGCGGAGCAGUGGCUGCAGGAGCUCCGGGCCGAGAGAGUGCUGAGGGGCCCCCUCCCCUGUACAGCACCAAUCAUGACUUCAAAUUCUCCUACUCAGAGAUCAAUUUUCAGGACCUAAGCUGGUCCUUCCGCAACCUCUAUAAAUCCAUGCUGGAGAAGUCCUCUUCCUCAUCCCAGCAUGGCUUUUCGUCUCUCCUGGGGGACAUGUCGCCCUCAAAUAACUACUACAUGUACCAGCAGCAGCAGCCGCCACCUCAGCAGCAGCAGCCGUCAGCACAGCCACCACCCCAACAAUCACAGCCACAGCAGCAGCCGGCACCGUCCCAGGGCCCCUCCACUGUAGGGGGUGCUCCUUCACUGCACACCCCCAGCCCAGAUGGUUGUACCCCUCCAGGGGGGAAGCAAUCUGGGGCCGAGGGCUAUGGGCCGCCCCCGGUGAUGGCCAUGCAUCCGCCCCCACUACAGCACGGAGGCUACCACCCCCAUCAGCACCACCCCCACUCCCACCCUGCCCAGCAGCCGCAGGGCCAGACGCCUAUCAACAGUCCUGGCUUUGCCUUCCCAACUGACUGGUGCUCCAAUAUCGACUCCUUAAAGGAAAGCUUCAAGAUGGUCAAUCGGCUCAACUGGUCCAGCAUCGAGCAGUCACAGUUCUCAGAACUGAUGGAGAGUCUGCGGCAAGCAGAGCAGAAGAACUGGAGCCUCGACCAGCACCACAUCGCCAAUCUGUGUGACUCCCUCAACCACUUCCUUACUCAGACUGGUCACGUGCCCCCCCAAGGGAGCUCCCACCGGCCCCCAGCCCCUGCCCGUAUUGCUGACUCCUGUGCCCUCACCAGUGGCAAACAAGAGCCAGCCAUGAGCCAAGUCAACUCUUACGGGCACCCGCAAGCCCCACACCUCUACCCCGGCCCAUCUCCAAUGUACCCGAUCUCCACGCAGGACUCAGCAGGAUACAGUCGCCCAGCACACCAUAUGGUAACUCGGCCGUCAGUUCCGCCUCCUGGAGCCAGUGAGGAGAUCCCUGAUGACUUCGACUGGGACUUGAUUACUUAGUGCAUCGUGGAGAGUGACCUCAGCCUCAGGCUGGGUGGUGAAGUCCAGCAGCGGGGAAAGAAGCCCCGGCCCUUCCCUUCCUCCUUUGCCUGUAUAUAGAUAUAUAUAUAUAGAUAUAUAUAUAUAUAUCCUCUUUUUUUUUCUUUCUCUGUCAGAGAAGCCACCGUAAGAUGCUGCCGAAGAUAACCCCCUCUUUUCUGCCUCAUUCUUCCUCUUCCUUCUUGUUUUUUUCCCCUAAUUCUUUUAUUGUUAUUCUUAUUAUAUUAUUGUUAUUAUUAUUAUUAUUAUUAUUGUUGGUUAUAUGCUGUCCCCAGUCUCCUGUCCCCACACCAUGUUUCCACCCCUGGUUAAUUGAAAAUCAUCUGGCUAGAAGAUGUGGCCAUGACAGCUACAGAGAAAGUUUUCAAAUUUGAUUUCCCCUUUGAGGCAUUCAGUGCUAACCCCACCUUCCAGCCCUCACUGUUUUCUGUUCUUGUCAGUUCAGUGCAGGGCUGAAGAGGCCAUAUUAUCAAGCAGAAGGGAUCCAAGACACUGUGGCAGCCAUGCAUUUGCAGGGUUUACUCAAUGGUGCUAACUUUGUCCUCCAAGCUCUUCCUUGUCCCUUUAGACCUUUAUUCCUUACUUCUGCCUAUCCUCAUUCCCCAUCAAGGGCAAGAGUGAUGGGGGGGUCAUGAGGGUGACAAUGCAAGAGGCGGGGCAUGGGGAUAGAGUACUGUAGAGGUACAGUGGCAGUAAGAGUCAGGGAUUGAGCGACUACUACUGUGUCUAAUAAAUUCCCAUUGGCUUCUUCCUAGCCCGUUCUCUGCAGAAGAGGGUCAGCUUGGCCAGAACUCUGCUUCUCGAGCAGCCAUCCAGCAUGGGCUCAGCUUUUUAGAGAAGGUUUCAGUUUAUCCAUGUUAGUUUUAUAGGCAUAAUUUUCUCUGGAAAUGAACUGUGGCUCUUAUUUGUAUUUGCAAAUUCUCUUUCCACCCCCCUUUCCCCAUUCAGCAGACUGCUCAAUUCUGCCACCAUGUUAAAUUUGCCACUCCUCCUGUUUCCUGAGCUUCUCAAGAAAGAAAAGUCCCAGGGCCAGAUGUGACUCUUUGCCACCUCUCUAGUAGAAGCAAGCCUGCAUUCCUGGCUGUGGGAGGGCAAGGAGGUAAAGGGGGCUUGCACAGAGGCCUGGAGGGGACGUUUUAGUUACUCGUUCUGCGGGCGAGUACUCCCCUGGGAAUCCAGGUCAGUGGGACUGCAACUUCGCUAUUAGGCUUUUGAGGGGUGAAGGAAAUUAUGUGGGGAGUAAAUCAUCUAGAAGGGUAAGUUCAAUGGGGGCUGAAAAACUCCCUCCCUCCUUGAAAAACUUACGUGGGUAACUUGUCUCCUUCCAAAGGACAGCUGUGGUUCAUUGCCGCAGAGCGCUUACUGGGUCUAUAAUGUUCAUGUUGAGUGUAGUUUUGAGAGGGAAGAACAGGUUUGGUUCUGUUUCACUGUUCACUCUCUGGAAAUUAUCAGACCGAAUGGACAAGGCCGUGCGCUCUGAUUCUGCUUUUUGUUCAUAUUCUUUUAUUUACCCAUGAUUUCCAAGAGAUGUAGACUUUUGCUCUCCUGCUUUUUCUCAUCCCCCCCCCCUUUCCUUUCUUUCUGGGGGUUAUAUAUGAGAUUUUUGUAAACAUGUCCAGUGAGGUGAAGUCAAGGGGCAAGAAAGGGCGGUUAACUAAAGAGCACUUUAUUUCUUUGACGUUCUUUGUAAGAAAUGGGGGUGUGAGUGGUUUGAAUCCCCCUUUGUGUUGGAGGGUGGUUAGUGGGGUUGAAGUAUAUGUCUAUUUCCCAUUGGGGAAAGGAGAAUUUCCCUUAGAGGGUGGCAAAAUGCUUUUGCCAGGUCCCUAUGUCAGGCAUCUCUUCCUUACUCCUUCCAACCCAGGUCUUCCUACAUCCAACCUCCAUCUGUCCUUCCCAGUAUUUCCCCUUUUCAAAUGAUGACUCCUCUUUUCUAAACUUUCUACUCCUAUCCAUAGAGGAUUUGCAAGAGUAGACUGAUUUAUCAGACACGGAAAUGUCCUUUGUUUAUAACUCAUCUGUGUCUUCUGAAAACUGGUCUCAUUAAGAACCGUGGCGGCCAGCCAGGGAAACUGAAAAACUGAAGUUUGGGGCUGGGAUUUUAGCUCCUCCCCCCCGCCCCCUUAAACUCUGCCUCACUCAAUGGCGCAGGACAAACCUGACCCUCUUGGGCCUCGAUUUCCCUUCCCCUUCAUGAAAUGGAAAGAAUACUACUUUUUCUUGUUGGUCCAGCAUUCUGGACUUGACAUAGAGUUGUUGUUGUAUAGGGUGAUGUGUGCAAAAACUGCAGGAGCUCACUGCCGACAAGAGGAAAUAGGGGAGCAAGUGGAGGAGAGGGACAGAAGGGGCAGUUACUGGUGUCGGUCCACUCCCUCUGCCUUCCCUCCAACCCCCAUGUUUCUGGUCUGGUGAGUCCUUCAUACCACCCGUGAUGCUUUGCACUGGUGCAGGCUGGGAAGGGGGUGUAUGGUCUCACAGUUGUUGUUUUUUUG